CCCGCACGGAAUUCUCCCCGCGCGAAGUGCAGAUUCUGUCCCGAAGGCACCAAGCUGAAAAGCGCCCAAGAAAAAAAGGAUGGGCGGCUUUCCCGUUAUUAUGGCCGUUCAGGCCAGAGUGAAGUUAAAUGGCAGCGCCGUUUUCGCAAGGGGGCAGCGCCGAGCCUCCUCCUCCUCCAUCCUUGUUGCACGCAGCGCCUCGAAGCCCCCGGUCCACUUUUAGGAAGAGCGCUCUCGGCUGCGGCCCUUACCUGAGAGCAACCCCCUCCCACACACCCCGAGCGCGGCAGGGACUGCCUGAGGAGAAGGCGCCUUCCGUAGCCCCGGGCGGGGCCAGCCCCUCGCUCUCCGGCCUCCAUCUUUGAAUCGGGCAUGAAAAACCCCCUCAGGCCCUUAAAAGGGAGGGAGGGGGCGCUGCGCUCUUUUAGCUCCGCCAUCUUCGUAACGGGAAACGUGCGGGCGCCUCUCAUGCCUUGUGAGGGCAGAGGGAGUGGGCGGGGCCUCCGGGAGGAGGAGGAGGCGGUUGUUGUUUGGAGGAGGAGGGGGGCCCAUAAGUGUCUUGGGGAGGGUCAAAGGAUGACGAACAUGGCGGAUAACCACAAGGAGAGCUGGGCAGCCCUGGUUGCUGCAGCAGAACAGUACCGGCGUCAGACGGGCAAUGAGAUAGUGCUGCUCACCGCCUUCAGGGCCCCACCCCCUGGUGGCUUCAGCUACGCACAGCAUGGAAGUGGGGCUCUGGCUGAUGCUGUUCAACGCUACCUCGAAGAUAUCGCGGUGGUUCACAAGACCACCGCCUUUACCUAUGCUGCCCGUCCUCCUUCUGCCCCCCGCCCAGGUCCCACCAACGGGUCUUACUCCAGGAGCUGCCCCUCUACCAAUGCCUCAGAUGAGCCUGCCCCACACAGGACACCUACCCCCCAGGGGCCCUUGCCCCAGGCUUCUGGAGGCCAGGAGCCUGAAGAGGAAGACGAUGAAGGAGACAGGAAUACAUUGACAGAAUUGGAGCAGCCAGGUGGGAGAGAGCAUCCCAGUGACACCACUGGUUUGUUUGUGAUGGACGAGGAUUCUCCAAGCCAGGAAUAUGAGCCUUUCUUCGACUCUGAUGUGGAGAGCACUGACGAUGGGAGUCUAAGUGAGGAGGCUCCUGGCCAGACAGCCCCUCCACCCCUCAGCCAUCAGUAUGCCAAGUCCUUGCCUGUCUCAGUGCCUAUCUGGGGCUUCAAGGAGCAACGGCAAGAGAUGCGAUCCUCUGAUGAAGAGAACAGCAAGCAUUCGUCCCCCGACCUGGAGAAAAUUGCCGCCAGCAUGCGAGCUCUGGUGCUGAGGGUGUCAGAUGGCACUGAGAUGUUUGGGGACCUGCCUCGGCCGCGCCUCAACACGAGCGACUUCCAGAAACUACAGCGGAAAUACUAAUGGAUCUGGUGGCCCUUUGUCCUGCCCCUUCCUCUGUUUGUGCCCUUUUAUUUCUCCCCCCCCCCCACAUCCAAAUCGGUGGACAGGGUUGGAAGCUCCCCUCAAGCCAUACAGCUCGAAUUCCCUCCCCUCUCUUUUCCCACCCUCCCCUUCCUGAGCUCCCACAAGCUUUAAAUUAAAGUGAUGACCUCAAUCUCUACACUACAGCUGGCGUGGAGGGUCAAAUUGUCUCCUCUCCACGCCAGAAAUUCUGUCCCACUUUCCCCUUCUAUCCUAUCUAAUUGAGUUGUUGUUUUUCUGAGAGGGGUCCCUGACACAUAGAAGAGGGAAAUGGAACACUACGGACGGAUACUGACAACAAAUACACCCCCAUAUCUGUUCUUGCCACCACCAUCAACCCUUCCAAUCUACCCCAGCAUCUGGCUGCGGUAGGUUCCCUUCGUCAGUUCCCCAAGCCCCCCCCCUCUAUUUUUGCUUUCUUCCUCCCAAAAUAAGUGUCUUAAAAUCUCCUUUGCACAUAAGCUGGGUUUGUCUAUACACUUGACCUAACUGACCCUUUGUAGAGCAGGGCAGCAGUGGUGGGGGAAGGAAUCCUGUCGUUUUGUGCUUGCCCCACCUCCCCCUCCCCCACUUUCCCCCAUGCAUAGCUCUCUCCCAAUUUCCAGGAGCGGUACUUCAGGGUCCUUUUUUUCCCUCUUGGGGGGAGGGGUGGUGCAAAGGUGAGGCUGCUCUCAUGGCAGGCGGGAUGUAAAAGCGGCUCUAGGAGUCACCUACACCCCUCCGUUUAUCUUCCACCCACCCCCUCGCUGCCCCAGCAUAAUACUUUUGUAUCAGAUUUUUCAAGGGCGCUUUGUGGCCCUGGCCCUCUAUUUUUGUCCAAAGAUGAUUGGUGAAUUGGAAGGGAGAGGAUGUAUUUAUUUUUCUCCUUCCUGCAAACCUACAAGCCAAUAAUAAUAAUAAUUAAAAAAAAGCUGUCUUUUA